GAAUGAGCUUCAAUCCUGAUUACGAAAGUGUUGCAAAGGCCUUCAUUCAACAUUACUACUCAAAGUUCGAUGUUGGCGAUGGAAUGAGUCGUGCUCAAGGACUCUCCGAUUUGUACGACCCAGAAAACUCUUACAUGACUUUUGAAGGACAGCAAGCGAAAGGCCGUGACGGAAUUCUCCAAAAGUUCACGACUCUCGGAUUCACAAAAAUUCAACGAGCGAUCACUGUGAUUGACUCUCAGCCUCUGUAUGAUGGAUCAAUUCAAGUGAUGGUUCUUGGUCAGCUCAAGACCGACGAAGAUCCAAUCAAUCCCUUCUCGCAAGUCUUUAUUCUCCGUCCAAACAAUCAGGGUUCCUACUUCAUCGGAAACGAGAUCUUCCGACUUGACUUGCACAACAAUUAGAUAUCAAUUCGUCCACUUUCCUAUCAAAAUGUGUCCCCGUAUUGAACAAUUUUUCAAGAACUGAAUUUUCACCAAAUUGCUUAAAUAUCUAUUUCAACCCGGCUUUUUCCAUGUUUCUAAAUCGGUUUCUUUCCCCACACAGUUUCGUGUCGUUUUACUAUUUCGCACAAUUUCAAACUUCUAGUUUGCAAAUCGGUUCAAACUAAAGAAUGAAGUUUUUAUCAUUUUCUU